AUGUUUCUUCUUCUUCUUCUUCUUCUUCUUCUUCAUCUUCUUCUUCGUCUUCUAAAUUCUUCUUCUUCUUCAUCUUCUUCGUCUUCUAAAUUCUUCUUCUUCUUCUUUCUCUUCAUCUUUUUUCUUCUUCUUCAUCUUCGUCUACUAAAUUCUUCUUCUUUCCCCUCUUUUUCUUUUUCUUCUUCUUCAUUUUCGUUUCUCUUUUUUUUUUUUUCAAUCGUGCAUUUAUUUUUCUUCUUUUUUUACUCAUUCUCUCUACAUCUGUCUACUUUCUUUUCUUCUCUUCUCUUUUUCAUAUUUAUCUUUCUUCCUUCCUCCUUCUCUUUGCGUUUGCCCCUUUUCUUUAUUUCCUCUUUCUCUUUGAAGUUUUCAUUCCUCUUUCGUUCCUUCUCCUCAUCUUAUUUGUCUUUCUUCCUUCUUUUCUCAUUCUCUUUCUUUCUUCUUUCCUACUGCUCUUUACCUUUGUCUCUCCUCCCUCUUUCCACUUCCUCUGUGUUUGUCCUUCUUCUUUCUUUUAUAAUGCUCUUUGCGCUUUUCUAUCUUCUUUCUUUCAUCCCUCGUUUCGUAUUUGUUUUUUCUAACUUCUUUCCUCUUUCUUUUUACAUCUGCUUUUCUUUCUUUUCUUUUCUGCUCCUUCUCUUUGCAUUUCUUUUUCUUUUUUCUUUCCAACUCAUUUUAGUACUUUCCCUCGUUCCUUUCCUUCCUUCCUUCGUUCCUUCCUUUCUUCCUUGUGUUUGUUUUAUUUUCAUCAUUCACCUAUUCUACUCUUCGUGUUUGUCUCAUUUUCUUCUUUCCUCUUCUUUUGCGUCUGUUCUUCUUCAUUCUUCCCUACGAUUCUUUACUUUUCCCGUUCCUCUUACUUUUUUCCUUUUCAUAUUUGUCUGUCUUUCUUUCUUUCUUUCUUUCUUUCUUUCUUUCUUUCUUUCUUUCUUUCUUUCUUUCUUCAUUGUCUUUGUCUCCUUUGUUUCUUCUAUUUUUUCCCCUGCCUUUCUUUUUGCAUUUGUUUUUCUUCCAUCUUUCUCUACUUGA